CGAAGUGAGUUGAUCUUUUUAACUAGAGAUAAGAACUCACGACAAGGAGGAUAUACUACAAAUAGGUAUAUACAGACUCUAGAUGAGGGAUUUCUACCCGUUUAUGAUGAUUUUCGUCACUUUGUUCAAGAUAAUGCCCCUAUUCACACAUCAGCUCAGACACUAUCAUGGCUCCGUAGUCAUGGUGUUUCAUGGCUAGACUGGCCCCCAUACUCACCCGACCUCAACCCAAUUAAGCACAUCUAG